AUGGACUACAUCACUACAAAUUCCGAAGAUAGAUUGUUUGAUCAAAUCAGCCUGGAAGCAACUCCAUUGAAAUCCCAGACGAAGGUUUACUUAACUUUUUGAAAGAUCUCUGUGAGCCAUCGGAGGAAACUACUCUGCUCCCUUCGAUCCAGAUUGAGGCUGGUGAAGCUGAUGCUGGAAUAUUCUCUCAGAGUUAUCAGCCCAACAGCUUGUUUGAUAAAAACCCAACUUCAGCGACUGAAGUGAAGAAAUCAUUGGAGGAUUCAUCUUCCGCAGAAGUUCUAGACAAAUCUAAGAAAAGCCUUGUUAGCUCAGUGAAGAACAAAAGGCCAGACAUCCAAAACAGAAAAGUUUUGAGACUUGUCAAAAAGUUCUUCUGUCAACUGUUCCUAUAUCAUAACGACAGACUUCAAAACAGAAGAUUCACAAAAGUUCCUUUCGAAGAGACUUUGCAGGCUUUGGAACAAUUUGCUUCAGUCUACAUUC